CACUACUGAUAAUUUUCAAGAGACACACUCUCUCUCUACUCAGACACACACAGUGUCUCUACUCUCUCUCUCUCUCACUAACCACCCCUACAAGUAGACUUUAAGACAACUUUGGCUCAGUGUUGAGUAAACCCAUCUGGUCAUUAAAAUAAAACCACAAUCUCUCUGUUUCACUCACUUUAAAGCAGAGAUCUAACAUCAUCAAACUCGUUCACAACAACAACCAUGGACUACGAAUACGGAGGAGGAGAGUACUGCAGGAGGGGACACGUGCCGGCGUUUGGAACCUGGGACUGGAACGACGCCGUUCCAUUCACUCAGUGCUUCGAGACAGCGACCACUCAGCAGCAGCCUUCUUUUCUCCAAUACGCUCCUUACCCUCAAGAUCGUGAUCUUUACCUCGCUGGCGGCGAUCUUUACGACAACCACCACCUUGUCGCUCCCGCAGUGAUCCUCGUCCCUCGACGCCGGGCUAAGGUGGGCCAGGAGCCCAAGAGAACCAGCUCCAAGGAACAAAACAACUUCAAGACAGAGGCGCGUGAGUGUGACGCACCGGCAAGCUGUCCGACACCGGUGGUGAAGCGGAGGACGAAGCCCGUGGACGAAGACUUGUACAGGAUCUCACCUACCCUUCUCUCCGUCAAAUCCACAAAGAAGAGAGGAGGUGGGUUUGGGUGCAUUUCAAGGUGUUUUUUGCCGACACGGGUGCUUUGAAGCCACGAAGCGUGGGAGUUUGAGUCAGACAACACUGUGGUUGGGUCUUAAUAUUUUAUAUUUUUAAAGAUGGAAGGCUAUAUGCUUGUGAAACCAUGUAUGUAUUUAUGCGUAGGGAUAAGGAGAUGAAUUCUACAAGAUGUUUGACCAAAAAAAAAAGAAUUCUAUAAGAUGAACUCUAUCAGUUAGCUCUGGGAAGAGCGAGCCAUGUUGUAUUACGUAAACUAUUAAACAAAGUGAGACUAGUUUUGCAA